AAACAAUGAAAAUAAAUCAAUAAAUAAAUUGAACACUCUUAACGUGGAAGAUUAUAUUGGACAAGAUACAAUUUCUUUGUAUUUUUCCAGUGCUGCUAAAAGUGUCAUUAAAAUUGGCCAUGAACUUUCUGCCAAAGAUUUAAAUAAAGAUGACGAGAACAUAAAAUUUAUGACAACAAAAUUAUCAGAAAUUAAAUUGGCCAUGGAAGAUUCAUAA